AUGUGUGUAGAUACUCUCAUCACCUACACUGCUUGCAGUUGCAAGAUUAUGAUCAAAACAAUUUGUUUUGAUCAUAUUCAGCAUACACUCAAGCAAGAAGAUAGGAAUCCAUGUCCUAAGAACGUUCAUGGUCUUUACACAAUGAGAGCAAACCCCAACCCAUGCUUCCUCAAAUCAGGUAGUAAACUCGAAGACGGCCGCAUUUUUCGACAUGGUUCCCACCGCACACGUCACUACUACGAGUUUGAACACGACCCCAAUGAUCCCAAGAAACGUUGGGAGAGCUGGGAACGUAAGAACCGUGGCAAAUCUCGUCAGAGAGCGGAUAGCAUGGAAGCCAAUGUCAGUGCUGGUGAAGAUAGGAUGAAGUUAAAUCUUGAGGCUGAUGAUAACGACAGUCACAAGGAGAGAGAAUCUGAGAUCAGAGAGUGGCAAGAGGUGACUAAGAACAAUAGACCACCCAGAGUGAAGGUUGAGGAGACGGUGACGGAGAAGGAACAGCCUGCUCCCGGUCGAAAGACUGUCAAUCAUGUUCUUUAUGACAUGUUUGAUCCUCGCAGCGAUGAUGAAUUCUCUGAUGAUGAUUGGAAGCCAGAGCCUAAGGUUGAAGUCGACCCAGAAGAUACAGUCCCAUGGUCCUCCAACAACGCCCGCUCUUUCUCUGACCCUACACGUGCAAGUGGCACCACCACCAACCAAGACGAAUAUACCUCUCCAAAGUCCCGCGACGACGAAGGAAUAUUUAACAAUCACAACACCAAUUUCUUCUACGGCGCCGAGCCCGAUCGUCCCGCUACCCCUCACUCACAAUUCAACUUCAAUCCUCCCUUCACCGGCACACACACCAAAUACAAUACCGACAAAUCAAACUCCAGCCACGGAUCCAGCUCUGCACGCACCGACAAGGCCAUGGAUCUCGGCUCUCCUAGACACCGAGCUCCGAUGCCAGAAAAAGACACCACCAAGAAGACAUGA